AUGUGCACAGACAACAAUGUCGACAACGCAAUAAGUACGAGGCCAAUUCCAGGCUCUUCAUCAUCAGCCCGGCUUGGCUCUCCUUCGUCUGUCUCUGUGUCGUCGUCUUCGCCUUUUUCUGCCGCCUUCUUGUCGAUGGCCGGUGUUUCCACCACGACGCCCUUAUCAUCUCUAGACGGCUGGGAGGCUCGCUCUCCCACCAGCGUUAUGGGUCGCACUAGAGCGGAUGUCGUGGCCAGCCAUGGAGCCUUGGAUGCGAAUGUGGAGAGCGGUGCGACGCGUAGCUCGUGCAGCAUCGAGGUCGACUCCCAUAGCCUACCUAGAGAAGUGGCCUCUGCGUCUUUCCCUGCCCAAUCCCGGCCGCCUGCACAAGUCACCGAAGCAUCGCAUAGGGGAGCGGCGGGUCCACAAUUCCUCACGAACUCGAUACGACAAAACAACCUUCUCGGCUCCAACGACUUCAUCAAUACUGACGCAACCGAAUCUUCCACCUGCCCAGCUUCGGUCUCACAGGCAUCGCUAUCGUCAUCGACACACCAGCUCACAUCCUUUAGGACGGCAGAAACCCCAUCUAGCUACAAGUGCCUGGUGAGUAAGAAUCAUCUUGGUCAGGCCGCUUCAUUCUCGUCAGCGUUGGUGCGACCUAAAUUUUUGAAAUCGCCGCCGCCGCCACAACAGCCUGCCAUUGUGCGUACAACCUCGUCACACAGAAAACUUGCCCUGCGGCAGCCUGUGCCAGACACAAACGUGCGCUCGGGGGCUUUUGCUGGCAGCAUCGCACAGCUUGAAGCCUCUGCCGAACGCCUCUCCAUGACCAGUUCCAUUGACGACGCCAUUCGGGAAGAGCACCAGGAGCUUAAGCGCAGCGACAGCAGACGGUCCUCCAUUUUAUCAGCAAGCAUCCGACAGAUCGCAGCGCAGACAGCUUCAGACUCGAGUUUUACGCUCGUCGAUACCUCUUCCUUCCAGUGUCGACCCACUUUUUCCAGACGAAACUCGAUCAUCGAGCUAAACAGCGCCUUACGAACGGCUGUUUGCUUUUCUCCAAGCAAUCACAACAUGUCCUCAACCUCCUCUGUAUCCGGUACUGGCCUACGGCGACCGGGGAGCAAAGGAAACAGUAUAGAUAAUGGCAACAUAUUACCUGCUGCCGGGGAGCAAUCAACUGCUGCGAAUAGCGGCCUCCCCUUUAUGUCUCGUCACGGGCCGGGGAAGGCUUCGGUUCACAGCAACCGAUCUGGUCCACUAGUCCUCCCAGAAAUCACCGAGACAGAUCCGCGGACGACCCUGACUUGGAAUGCUUUAGAUGACGCCGGCCGUUUGAUGGCUUCCGAAAGUAACCGUGGAGAGGGCGCGACCCAUUCGGAAGCCCACGGGCAUCCUGUGCCUGAUCAAAUAUCUGUCUCGAACGCUCACGUCAACGAUUUGACAAACAAUCAUGAAUUCUGGGGGUUGCCAGCCGCAGGAAAAAAUGCUCAACACGCAAAGCAUAAUCCCACGGCGUUUGAGGACUACCGACCGUAUACUUCGGAAACUAACGGGCCAUAUGGGGGUUCCCACGGUGAAGGUAUUCAACAACAGAGAGGUCGUGAACGGCCAACAUCGUCAGCUUCAGUCGGCACAUACGAUCAGGCAGAAGCGGCCUUUGGUGAUUUUGACGGGGUCCAUUGCGACCCGGACGCGGCGAAUGACCACCCUGUGCCACGUCAACUUCAGGCCGAUGUACCCCCACCACUGCAGCUGCCGCGCCACUCGCUACCGCCGCGGCCGACUUCAUAUUUCGAUCCCGGAAGUGGUCGCCAGAUGUUGUACUAUCCUGCGCGCGUGCCUGCCAUGCUAUCACUACCUCCCAAACUGUCCAAGAAGCCCAAAGCCGCCGACAGGAACAACAGACGAUCUCAAGUCCUGAGCAUGUUUGUUCAGUCAGAGUCAAGCCCUAGAGAAGAACAACAUCAGACACAUAAUUGGCUUCCAGAUCCCCUAGCAGGGGACCUCGGCUCUCCCCUAUUGGACACGGAAGAGCUCACCAAUGAUGCGGCUGUACUGGGCCUGUCAGCCCCAACGCAAGCUGCCCGAGCAGCAAUUAGAAACUCUGAGUCAUUUGUCGAAAGCUCCCCGUUACCAGAUGCAGGCACACCUGUGGUGGGUGACCCAAGAGCCACCGCUGGGCCAUUAGGUGGAAGCUCGGCACCGGGACCGAGCAACCUUGGCCGCCCACCUCGCUUGGUAGACCCCGAGAGACGCAAAUCGCGAAUGGCAAUGUUGAGUUCGCUUCCGCCCCAGUUAAGGGCCUCCGCUUUUUUCGAUUUACCAGCAUCUACGGCCGAUGUGCAGGUAAAGAACGGAUCUGCUAUGGACACGCUUGACAGCAUACUUGACGCGGCAGCAAGCGCUCCUGUGAGUGCGUUUACCGAUCAUGCAUUUGCUGGCAGACUAGGCGCGGAAGUAUAUGGGAUGGGAAAGAAGCGCAACAAACGCAACACUAUCACCGUUUCCGGGGCGUCUGGAAGUUCAAGAGAAGGCAAAGGUAAAAACACCCCCUAUGCGGAUCAGAAAGACGACCAUGCCAAAUCCAAAACUCGCGGCUCGUUCGUAUCACUAGUUGGACACAUAAGGAAGGUCAACGAACCUGUGGGCAAAGAUGAUGAUGAUCAAUCUACCAGGAGCUCAGCCAACAGACGCCACGAUAUCACAGCCGAUGGCGGUGGAGAUGGAGUGCCAAGCCUUGAGAGGGAGGGCACAGCGAGCUUAUUAGCGCCUGAUGAAGACGAGCAGUCUGCCGAAGAGGAUGCAGAUGUGGACCAGGGUGAGAAUGGUGAAGAUGGAGACGAACUAUAUGAAGGUGCGCCAACUACUCUGCUUGCCGAACUUCAGUUGCGUAAACAGCAACAGAAGCUGCGUACGCAGCCCGCAUACAAAGCAUUCCCCAACGGGAUGCACUCAACUCUUUUGGAGCUAGAUGCUGUGGCAGAGAUCGAACGGAAAGCUCGAAAGGGUAAAAAGGUGAACUUGGCGUGGGAGGACCCAUCUAUGAAUCAUGGUGAGGACGAUGACGACGACGACGUACCGUUGGGCUUGCUGUUUGCCGCCAAGGCUGCCGGGCAUGGCGACAUAUCGGCAGUGGUGGCUGAAAUAAACCGACCGCUUGGCCUGAUUGAGAGAAAGGAGCUUGAAGACAACGAGCCGCUUAGCAGACGCCGCGACCGGCUGCAAGGCCGCAACCCUGGCGUCAACAUGUAUCUCGCUAGAGGUGACAAUGCCAUGAAGCGCCAAAAUAUGCUAGGGCUGACACCGACCAUGGCUGCCGUCAAUCGGCAGCUUGGUGGUGCUGGUCUACCAGACAGGGCAGCGGACAUCAGCGAUGAGGUGGGCGAGGUUGAGGAUGAGCCAUUAGCUGCCAGACUGCGCAGAAUCAAAGCCAAAGAGGAAAGUGAACUUCCCAAGGCGCGUCCUGUCAGCACCGCUUUUUCGGCCGAGCUCCUGAGCCAUUUCGGCGACCCUGAGGAAGACGCCAAGGAAAGAUUAGAAGGCGGUGAGAAGGGCACGGCCAAAGACAGGGCCAAAUUGGAGCUAGCAGAGGAAGAGGAGACACUGGGUCAACGUCGCCGUCGGCUGCAAGCCGAGAGGGAAGCACGAGAGACGGAGAUGUUACUCACCGGCGGUGCCUUUGAUACACCUACCUUCAAUAACCAAGCUUUGGACGCCCUAACGGGCACCGACCAGCUUACGCAGCGCAUUUCCAUGGCCAAUGUCCUCAGCGCUCACCCACUAGAAUCUGCACGUGGGGCGCGAGAUCCUCGGGAAGCGGAGCGGCAGCAGAAAGCAAACUCAGCAGCACGUGCAGCUCGCGAAAAGGAGCAGAGGAUGGCAGCAAUGCGCGCACAGAUGCCCCAAGCAACCCCCACUACCAGCAUCGGUGAUGGCUUGUCCAAAACUAGCGGGUUCAUAGGCGGGCAAUAUAACAGCAACGGCGGUGGACUGGGCAUGUCGUCACUGAUGCCGCAGACUAGUGGACCUGCUCUUGGCCCCUGGGUAACUUCUGGAGGCAUGACUAGGCCAGCGGGAAAUGCUGUGCGUCUGAACUCGCUUGCGGCCGUGAACCACCCAGGCGGCAUGGGACUCUAUCCCGGCAACAUGGACCCGAGACAGAGCAGCAUGGCAACGCGCGCGAACACGAUGCACAACGGAUAUGGAUAUAGCCAUGCUUAUGGUGUAGGUCAGAGCCAGGCCUUAGGUGUGGGCAUGGCUGCCGGCCCCUUCUCGGGCGCCGGCUUUGGUGUUGGCUUUGGCACCAAUUCUUACGCGGGCUAUGCUCCCCAUUCGCCGUCGAUGCCCAUGCAGAUACCUGUCCCGCCGCCAGGACAGGUAGAUCGCGUCGAGCGAUGGCGGCAGAGUGUGAUGCCUUGA